AUUUUCAAACGGUCGGGCUGUCGGGAACCGUUGACAUAGUGAGUGCGAGUAUACCCUUCAGUGCGUAGUGAUUGAUAAACAACUCCGUGAAAAUGCAGGAAAAAGGGUGCAUUCGUCGGAUUAUCUAACUUGAACAAGCCUCAUUUCGGGUUUAUCAAGUUCUUCAGUUUUGCAAUUAAUGGCUAAAUGACCUAUGUACGACGGCUAAACCAUGUUUUUUCAGAUCAAUAUUACUCCAAAGGAGAAGAAAGUGGCGGAGCCCAUGAUACGAGCCCCGGUGAUUAAUGAGUACAGUUUGGUGUUGGCACCAUUUCAACCCCCAACUCGAAUAAAAUUGGAUACCAAAAUCAAUACUAGAGUUGAAUGUACAUUGCACAUCAAAAAUUCCAACAAUCGGUCUCUAACUGCAUCGAUAACUAAGACACCUCUGCAAGAACGUUGUAUUAAUUUAAGUGCAAUCGAAUGGUCACUACAACCAGAGAGUGAAGUAGAUUUGAUAAUUUCAUGGGACCCUAAAGAAAGUGGUUCUUGGAGAGAAAUAUUACAAUUAUCAGACAGUAGACGAAUCAAGUAUGACAUACCUCUUACAUUAACUUGUAUAGAUCCGAAUAAAGUUGCCAAUGACAAAAAAGGAGUUAAAACAAAACAAAGAAAUCCUCUAGGACCAAAAAUCCAGAGUACAUCCAAUAUUAAAAAAAAUACUGUAGCACCUCUCAAGAACAAUACAUCUAAAAUAAAGCAAGAGCCACCAAAAAUCAAAGUUGAACCUCCACUGAAAAGACCCGUAGCUACUGAAUUUGCAGAUAAAGAAAAUGUGUCAAAUGUUGGUUUCAAUUGGAUGUUGGAACAAGCAAAAACAAAAAAGCAAAAAAAGGAUCAAACUCCAUCACCACCAUUGGAUUUUUCAAAAUAUUUAGAUUCGUCCACCUUUAAGUUUACACCACUAAAAUCAAAAUUUUCAUGUUUUGAACCAAGCACAGUUCAUAAUAAUGUUUCAUUUGUUCCUACUAAUGAAUUUGAAAAAAUUGAAAAAAUCACAGUGGAAAGUACAGUUGAAAUGAAAUUACGAAAAGAAACUUAUGUAACAGUUCCCAAGUAUUUGAAAGUUGAUCAAACUUGUGAUAAUUUAAAAGAUGAAAAUGAUGAGUUUGAUGACUCUUUAUCACCAAAACAAGUGGCUACAGAAACUCCCAAGUUACCAUCAGAAAUGUCAAUGCUUUUAAAUGACAUAAAAUUCACACCUUUCAAAAAUCCAAGUGCAAAGAUUGAAGAAGACACAAAAUUCUCACCAACUUUCUGUUCCACGGGAACUAAAUCUAAUAAAAGCAAAUCAUUUGAGGAUGAUUCAGUAAGCAAAAAUGCAACUUUUGACAUUGAGUCAGUCAAUAACUCUUCAACAAAUCACACUUAUGAGUUAAGUGUUUCACCAACUAGUACAAAAAAUAGCUCUCAUUUGAAACCAACCUGUCUUGCUAAAACUUUUAACAGAAAUAAUUUAGAUAUGGGAUUCUCAACUCCAUUGUCAGUUAAUAAACUACCCAAUGUCACAAUUGACCAUAAAAGAUAUAGUAAUGUGUUCUCAAAGAGUCAAGUAGAUUUUGGUAGUGCUAGAGAUUGUUUGGAAGCAGAUUUAUGGGUAAAAUCAAAAAAUACUUCUCUAUCACCAAUCAGCAAAAAUCUCAUGCAUUCCACUCUAGAUAGUAUAACCGAAGAAGAUCUUUAUGAUCAUGAUAUCACAGACAAAUCAGUUACAAAUUCAAUAGAAUCUCACAAAAAAUCGAAAAAAUCAAAGGCUUUUUGCAUAGAAAUUUCACCUCCAAAGAAAAGUUCUUUUACUAAACCACCAAUAAGAAAAAUAUCACCCACUAAAAGCAUUAAAAUUAUGAAAGACAAACAUAUUUCAGGAACAGUGAAUGCCAAGAAGAAAGUUCAGAUAAACAAAUCUAUUAAAAGUAAUGGAACUAUUCAAAUACCUGGUGUUCGAAUAGCAAAGCUUUCUCUGUCAGGAUUAGCAGCUGGUAAAGACAAGGAUAAAAGCAAGACUAAACCCAAGACUAAACCUUUAAAAGAAGCUAGUGUAAAGUUGCAUGAUCCAAAUGAUUUCUUAAGCAUGUUCUGCAAUCCAGAUCCAUUUGCUGCUACUAUGACAAUAGAUCCUUUUCUAGCAAGCACUCUUUACUGUGAUGAAAAGUGGAUGUUUGUGCAAGAAUUGGAAUUCAAGAAAUGGUUAAAUAUGUUGAUGACACCUCCUGAGCAAUUAUCAACUGAUAUUGAAUCAACUCCACUUGAUGUUGGGAAAGUAUGGCAAUCUUGCAGAGCAAAGGAAGAUGUAGCUUUAGCCGAAACUAAAGAAUCAAUAUCUGCUAGAUAUCAUACAACAACGCGAUUAAAUACUCUACGUAAAGCCGCCUGUGCUAUGUUUCGCAAGCCUGAAGUUAUAACUGCUCUUUCUCAGACUACAGUUGGCAUUGAGAAAGAAAUUUUGCUCAUUCGUCAGGAUAAAGAUUUACACCGUGAUAUUGGUUUACAAAAGACUAUUCUCGAGUUGUUUAUAAGUUACAAUCCCCUUUGGCUAAGAAUAGGUCUGGAAACAGUUUAUGGAGAAACCAUUCCUCUCCAAUCUAACAAUGACUUGAUUGGACUAUCAAGAUUUCUUAUACACAGAUUCUUUUCAGACCCUUUUCUCGUCAAAACGCAUUCGUCUCAUGCUCAUCCUAAUAUAAGACUCGGUACAUUCCAGUCUCAUAUGAACAAAUUCAUGCUUAAAAAGUUUUUGUUUGUUGUGUAUUUUUUGGAUUAUGCUAAAAGAAACAAGCUUAUAGGACAUGAUCCAUGCCUUUUCCACAAGAAAGCGUUGAUCAAGGAUAGCCGAUCGAUUCUUUUAACUUUUUCGCGUGAACUUUUGAGUGGCAUAGGAGAUAUAACUAAAGUCUUACGUGGCUAUAAUUAUGUCGUUUCUCACAAACAAACUUUCCUGGACGAAUACGAUUAUGCUGUUGUAAAUUUAUGCACCGACCUAAGGGAUGGUGUUAGACUUUGCCGGGUCAUGGAACUGAUAACCGGACAACGAUGUCUAACAUGCCGUUGUAGAGUACCAGCUAUUUCCCGUUUGCAAAAGGUUCACAAUGUUAGUAUAGCAUUGACUACACUGAACGAGGCAGGAUACACGAUUACAGGAGACAUCGAUGCCAAGAGUAUAGCUGAUGGUCAUAAAGAGAAGACUCUAUCGCUUCUUUGGCAGAUUAUCUACAAAUUCCAAGCUCCCAGAUUUGAAAAAGCCGCGAAAACGGUGCAACGCUGGUGGCGGUCAAAGCUCUGGUACGUUUAUAUCAAAAAGAUGUUGCGAAAUAGAAGGCAUAAUGCCGCUUCUGUCAUUCAACGGGCAUGGAAAUGCUACUUGGCCAGACGAGAACUGCAGAAACUCAAAGAAGAAUAUGCUCGUUUGAUGCAUGAGAAAAUUGAAGCUGCAAAGAAGAUACAAUUGCUAUGGAGGUUGAGAAAGGAAGCCAAGCAACAGCAGAAACAGUUUCAACUUGUUAAAUCUUCAGCAAUUAAAAUUCAAAGAUGGUGGAGGAGAAUUCGGUCGACCAAGUCUUACAUAGAAGAAUUCAAAAGACAGAAGAACGUUGUAAUUAAAGUACAGAGACGAUGGCGUGCGAAGCAAUUGAUGAAAUAUGAAAGACAUCGAUUCACUCAAUUGAAGACAAAGGUUAUCGAAAUUCAGACACUUUGGAAAGCUCGACGACUAGGUAGGCAGGUAUUCCUCGACUACCAAAAUAAAAGAAAAGCCAUCAUUUUUGUUCAAAGAAAAUGGCGCGUCAAGUUAUCAAUGAAGUUGGAGCAGAAGCGCUAUUCGGAAAAGCUAAGAGCCAUCAGGUUCAUUCAAGAAUGGUGGAAACGUUGUCUGACUGCGAGGCGAGAUCGGAAUCAUUUCCUCGCCCUGAAGAACUGCGUCAGGGCCGUCGAGAAGGUAUGGAUAGCAAAACACACUGUGAUUGAAGAAAGGAAACAAUUUCUUCGUCAAAAAGACAGCGCCAUUAUGAUUCAAAAGGCUUGGCGGAAUUACCGAGCAACCAAAGCAGACGUACAACUUUACAAACGCAAGAAAACUUCUUGUCUUCAACUGCAAACGUGGUGGAGAUCUGUCACCGAAGCGAACAAGUACAGAAAACAGCGUUUAAACAUCAUCAAAAUACAAAGAUGGUGGAGAAGCGCAGUUUUAACCAAGAAGGAGCGUUCGAACUUCUUGGCUAAGAAAAAUGCUGCCAUAGUUUUCCAAAAGAAUUGGAGAAUGCAUGUAGUCAGAAAAGAGUACAAACGCAAGAAAGCUUCAGUUUUGAAAAUUGAGCUAUUGUAUCAAAAUCUUAUUGAAACGCGUAAGGUGCGCAAUGAGUACUUGACAUUAAAGAAGGCCGUAACGGUCGUCGAAGCUAGAUGGAUUGCAUUAAAGACUGGAAGGAAAACCAGAGCAAAAUAUUUGAAAACAAGAAAUGCAGCUAUCGUCUUACAAAGGAGAUGGAGAGCGCGAGUUGCCAUGAGAGAAGCGCGGCAGAAUUAUCUGCAGUUAAAACGUUGUACAAUUAUAGUUCAAUCGCAAUACAGGAUGAGACAAGAAAGACGACGUUACAGAGCGCUUCUGCAAAGAAAAGCAGCAGCUAUAGUAUUGCAACGUAGAUGGCGAGCGAAGAAGUGUGGAAAACAGGUGCGAGAGACUUAUGCUAAACAUAAGUCUUCCGUUAUUUCAAUUCAAAGGAAAUGGCGGGCGACACUCCAAGCAAGAUUGGAGAGGAACGAGUUCUUGCAAAAACGAAAGGCAGCGAUUGUUUUACAAAAGCACUGGCGAUCCUUAGUGACGAUUAGACAGUACAAGAAAACGAAAAAUGCUGUUAGAAUUGUCGAAAAGUGGAGGACACACAAAUUGUUGGGUAGACGAGUACGCUCCGAAUAUCUUCAAUUGAGAGCAUGCACCAUUAAAAUGCAGCGUCUUGCAAGAGUAAAGCAACAUGUCAAGAGAUUCCAGAAGCAGCGGGAAUCUGUAAUUGUAGUGCAAAAGCACUGGAGGUCUUACGUAGCUUUCAAGGAAUAUAGAAGAAAGAAAACCGCUGCAACUGCUAUACAGACGUGGAGAAGAAGUAUAGUUACUGGGCGAAAAGUUCGCGCUGAGUAUCUCAAAUUUAGAGAAAGUGUCAUCAAAGUACAGCGCAUGUGGAGAACAAUAAAACAGAUGAGAGAAUUCAAAAGACAACGUGUUGCAGCUAUUGUGAUACAAAAGCACUGGAGGUCUUACGUAGCUUUCAAGGAAUAUAGAAGAAAGAAAAUCGCUGCAACUGCUAUACAGACGUGGAGAAGAAGUAUAGUUACUGGGCGAAAAGUUCGCGCUGAGUAUCUCAAAUUUAGAGAAAGUGUCAUCAAAGUACAGCGCAUGUGGAGAACAAUAAAACAGAUGAGAGAAUUCAAAAGACAACGUGUUGCGGCUAUUGUGAUACAAAAGCACUGGAAGUCUUACGUAGCUUUCAAGGAAUAUAAAAGAAAGAAACUCGCUGCAACUGUAAUACAGACGUGGAGAAGAAAUAUUGUCACUGGGCGACAAGUUCGUGCAGAAUACCUUAAAUAUAGAGAAUGUGUUAUCAAAGUGCAGAGUACAUGGAGAAUGAAACAAGCGGUGAGAGGGUAUAGACAAAAGCGAGAAGCAGUAAUCACGAUGCAGAAACAUUGGAAGAGGAUCAUGGCUGUGAGAAAGUACGAGAAGAUAAAGAUUGCGGUACUCUUCAUCGAAAAUUGGAGAAGGCAUACGUUGUUUGGAAGACAACAACGGAAAGAGUUUAUUCAACUGAAAACGGCUGUUAUAAAGAUGCAGAUGCUGGUGAGGGUGAAACUACAAGUCCAAUCCUUCAAGAGGCAGAGGAAUGCGGCAAUAAAGAUUCAACGAUUCUGGCGAUCCCAUCUCCAGAUGAAAGAAUGCCAAUUGCAGUACGAAAAACAGCGAGCUGCUGUGAUCGCAUUACAGAGACGAUACCGUGCUAAGCGAAUCGCCGAACAAGUCAGGAGAGACUAUCGUUUUAAAACUCUAGCAGUCACUAGAAUUCAACGAUGGUGGAGACGAAUUUAUUACUUAAGAAAACUGAGGAUUGAGAUUGAGACGAGGAAGUGGGCAGCUCUUGUGAUAGAAAACUGGUGGAUUAAUUCUUCGGUAGAACGCCGACUUCGUGAAGCUAUGAAGGCCGAGAUGAGAAGACAAUAUAGAGCUGCUGUGAUAAUCCAAGCUGCUUGGAGGGGAUUCAAAGUUCGUCAGGCAGCUAGUAAGAAAAUGUCAAUGCUGCGCGAAAGAGCGAAAGAAGCGGCUAAAGCCGCUGUACCAUCCGCUACAUUGGCAUGCCGGUUACAAGAGAAUAUUGAAAUUUUCAAGUAUGCUUCCAAUAUUGGACAGCUGUCGGUUUGCCUAUCUUCUUUAGAUGUUAUAAUACGCUUAUCGCCGAAUGCUUGUAUCAACGUCUGCCGACUGAAUGCUGUACCGAAAUUGUAUGAUAUUUUGACUCGGGCCAACAGAUCCCUACCUUGGUUGGACGUUUGUUUGAAAGUCAUAAGUAUCUUAUUAACAUUAGCAAAGUUUCAGCCGACAACAAAGUAUGUUCUUGAGAAGGAACAUAUUGAGGUUUUGGCAAGACUGUUAACUAUUGCAGCCGAUAAGAAAGAAGAUCUAUUUUUACAUACUGCGACAUUAAUAUGGGUUCUUACAGAAGAUGAAGAAUAUGCUGAGGCUGUGAAAAAUGAUGCAAGAACGAAAUUUUUACUGAGAUCUUUGUGUAAUUCAACCAAGAACAAACCCACAACCAAUACAACAAAAUGCAAAUUAGAUCUUCUACCUAGUCCAAAGCCUGAUUGGGGAUUAAAUCAUAGGCGUCCACGAACUUUUAAAAGUAUUUCUCAAGCCAUUACGUCAAUAGCAUCGCGUUUAGGACUUGUAAACGUUCCUCAAACAUUCGAUAUACGACGAUCGUUUAAUUUUUCAAUGUGAACACUUUUUUAUACUGCAAAUCAGGAAUAGUCUAAUAGUAAAACAGACUCGAAAUCAGUUGGAUAUCCUUCUAGAAUUGGAAUAUCCACCAGUUGUGUGACAAAUUAUUUUAAUUUAAAAAAUUGUCAUUCGUAUGUUAAUGUAUCUUGAAAAUGAUACAAUGUUGAUAGAGUUUGUUGAGACUUUAUUGAUAAUUUUUUUAAUUAAAAAAUGUUAAUACUACUGUUUUUCAAAUGGCUAUUCGCAGCGAAUUUGCACUAUAAGACUAGAAUAGUUAGUUUUGUAUGAUGACGUUUUUAAGAAAACGAUAAUAUAAUUUUUAUACUGUUAAUAAUACUGAAAAUUUUACUUUUAUUUUUAAAAGUCUGAGUGCAUGUGAAUAUUAAAUGGUUAGUUGAUAAAUAUAAUAAAUGUAAUGCGAUUCAUUUAAAAGUACUAAUUUUUUGUGAUUGUUUUUUUAAUAAUACUUUUAUUGCAAUAAAUAUAAUAAACAA